CCUUAUACUGGCAAUAAUACUACUGCUGCUUCUACUGGCAAUAAUACUGCUGCUGCUUCUACUGGCAAUAAUACUAAUGGUACUUUUACUAGCAAUAAUACUACUGGUGCUUAUACUGGCAACAAUACUACUGCUGCUUCUACUGGCAAUAAUACUACUGGUGCUUCUACUGGCAAUAAUACUACUGGUGAUUCUACUGGCAAUAAUACUAAUUGUACUUUUACUAGCAAUAAUACUACUGGUGCUUCUACUGGCAAUAAUACUACUCGUGCUUCUACUGGCAAUAAUACUACUGGUGCUUCUACUGGCAAUAAUACUACUGGUGAUUCUACUGACAAUAAUACUGGUGUCAUGUCAACCAGACGUAAUGGGGAGGUGAGGAGGAGGCGUUGCAUCAGGCGAGAGGUGUGCAUCGCAGGCAACGGGACAAAAGUGAACCCUGGCCUGUCGGGGAGGGUGGAUCGGCAGGGUAGUGACGACCGGCCGACCUGA